CUCUGGAAAGAUGGCGGUUAGCAUCCGAGUUCGUCCUAUCCGAAGUAUACGGAUGCGAGGUCGGAAUGACAGCGGGGAGGAAAAUGUACCACUGGAUCUCAGCAGAGACCCUAAAGACAACCUGCGAGAGAUUCUUCAAAAUGUGGCCAAGCAGCAGGGUGUCUCCAACAUGCGCAAACUGGGUCACCUCAACAACUUCAUUAAGCUCCUUUGCAACAUUGGCCAUUCAGAAGAGAAGUUUGGCUUUACCUAUGAUGAGGUUAUCAUCUGCCUCCGAUUGGCUCUGCUUAAUGAAGCGAAGGAGGUGCGAGCUGCAGGUCUACGAGCUCUCCGCUACCUGAUCAGAGACAGCACCAUCCUCCAGAAGGUCCUCCACUUCCAAGUGGAUUACCUGAUUUCCAGGUGCAUUGACAUUCAGCAGAGCAAUGAGGUGGAGCGAACUCAGGCACUUCGGCUGGUGAGGAAGAUGAUCACUGUGAAUGCUCAGCUCUUCCCAAGCUCCAUCACUAACUCCCUCAUCGCCGUGGGCAACGAUGGCAUACAGGAUCGAGACCGCAUGGUGCGCGCCUGCAUUGCCAUCAUAUGUGAACUUGCACUGAAGAACCCGGAGAUUGUGGCUCGGCGUGGUGGACUCAAAACCAUCCUGAAGAACGUGAUCGACUGUCAACUCAGCCGCAUCAACGAGGCUCUAAUGACCACCAUCCUGCACCUACUCAAUCACCCUCACACACGGCAGUACGUGCGCUCAGACGUGGAGCUUGAGCAAAUCCUGGCACCUUAUACAGACUUCCACUACAGACACAAUCCAGACACGGCAGAGGCCCAGCUCAAGGAGGACAGAGAGGCCCGUUUUCUAGCUAGUAAGAUGUCUAUCGUUGCUUCCUUCCGCUCAUGGUCUGGCAUCAUUAACCUCUGCAAGUCAGGCAGCUCCGGCAUCCAGUCCCUCAUUGGCCUUCUCUGUAUACCGAAUAUGGAAGUGAGGAAAGGACUUCUUGACGUGCUGUAUGAUAUUUUCCGCCUCCCCGUUCCUGUAGUUACACAAGAUUUCAUUGAAGCGCUGCUUAGCGUCGAUCCCAGUAGAUUUCAGGAUAGUUGGAGGCUAUCGGACGGCUUUGUGGCUUCAGAAGCCAAAAUUAUCCUCCCUCAUCGGGCACGGUCGAGGCCUGACUUGAUGGAUAACUACCUUGCACUUGUACUGUCUGCCUUCAUCAAUAGUGGACUUUUAGAGGGGUUGGUGGAAGUCGUCACUAGCAGUGACGAUAAUGUUUCAGUCUGCGCUACUAUCCUCCUUGGAGAACUCUUGCACAUGGCCAAUACCAUCCUCCCUCACUCCCACAGCCAUCACCUGCAUUGCCUGCCCACUCUGAUGAACAUGGCAGCCUCAUUCGACAUCCCUCAGGAGAAGCGUCUACGUGCGAGUGCUGCAGUAAACUACCUGAAACGCUUCCACGAGAAGAAGAAGCGAGGCCCUAAACCCAACAGCCUUUACCUGGAUCACAUCGUCCGCAAGUCAGCCGCUGCCCAGUACUGUCGAGACCAGCACCUGCGGCCCCAGAAGGACAUCUAUGUCAUUAAGGACACUGAGGAGGCUCUGAUGCUCAAUCUCCGAGACAGUCAUAUUCUCAAUCACAAGCAAAACCUAGAUUGGAACUGGGUUCUUAUCGGUACAAUACUAAAGUGGCCAAAUGUCAACCUGCGCAACAACAAAGAUGAACAAAUGCACAAGUUUGUAAGGAGGCUCCUGUUCUUUUACAAACCCAGCAGUAAGCUGUAUGCCAGCCUUGAGUUAGACCACAGCAAAGCCAAACAGCUGACUGUCGUCGGCUGCCAGUUCAUCGAGUUCCUUCUGGAUUCGGAUGAGGAUGGCCAGGUGUACCUGGAGGACCUGGUGAAGGACAUUGUGCACUGGCUGUCGUCGUCCUCUGGGCUCAAACCAGACCGUAGCCUACAGAGCAAUGGCCUCCUCAAUACACUCAGCCAGCAUUACUUCCUCUUCCUGGGUACUCUCUCUGCCCACCCCAGUGGCGUUAAAUUGUUGGAGAAAUGCAGUGUCUUCCAGUGCCUGCUGAACCUGUGCUCCCUGAAAAAUCAGGACCAUCUACUGAAACUGACUGUAUCCACACUGGACUACAGCCGAGAUGGCUUGGCACGAGUCAUCCUCUCCAAAAUCCUCACUGCUGCAACUGAUAAUUGUCGGCUGUACGCCACCAAGCACCUGCGUGUGUUACUCCGUGCCAACGUGGAGUUCUUCAGCAACUGGGGCAUCGAACUGCUGGUCACUCAGCUCCACGACCGCAACAAGACCAUCUCCAUAGAAGCCUUGGACAUACUGGAUGAGGCCUGUGAGGACAAGGCGAAUCUUCAUGCGCUAAUUCAGCUGAAGCCGGCACUGACUCACCUCGGGGACAAGGGUGUGCUCUUGCUUUUGAGAUUCUUGUCCAUUCCAAAAGGUUUUUCCUACCUCAACGAGAGAGGCUACGUCACUAAGCAGCUGGAGAAAUGGCAAAAGGAAUAUAACCUCAAGUAUGUGGAUCUAAUAGAGGAGCAAUUAAAUGAGGCUCUAACUACAUACCGCAAGCCAGUCGAUGGGGACAACUACGUACGACGGAGCAACCAAAGGUUGCAAAGGCCAAAUGUCUAUCUUCCUGUGCAUUUAUAUGGCCAGCUUGUGCAUGAUAAGACAGGCUGCCAUCUCCUCGAAACUCAGAAUAUCGUACCUGACCUAAGCUACACUGUGCGAUCCCCAGUGCUGGACACAUGGGAAGGCAUUAAACAACUUAAAGCUGCUCUCUGGGCCUUGGGUAAUAUUGGCACGUCCAACUGGGGUCUGAACCUGCUACAAGAAGAGAAUGUGAUUCCAGAUAUUGUGUGUCUAGCCCACCACUGUGAGGUUCUGUCCAUCCGGGGGACAUGUCUGUAUGUACUGGGUCUAAUCUCCAAGACGAAGCAGGGCUGUGAGCUGCUGAAGCUGCAGGGUUGGGACGCGGUUCGACACAGUCGCAGACAGCAGUGGCCCGUGGUGCCUGAUGAAGUAGAACAGCAGCCCCCACCUCCACCCACACUGCUCUCGUCAGUGCCCAGCACCCUCAGCCUCAACUCUGAGUCCACCAGCUCGAGACACAACAGCGAAAGUGACUCCACCCAGCCCAGCAUGUACAUCCUGGAUGAUGAUAAAGAUGGCUCCGAGCUGUCUGAGGAGCAGCCACUAUACAUGAGGCCCAAGCAGCUAAAGGACCGCAGCCCUUUCACAAUCUUGGCGUCCAGCCGCUUUGUGCGUAACCGUUUCCUCAUCUCGCUCUCCGGAAAGAAGCCGCGCAGCACGAGCGACCCUAAAGGUAGCAGCAGCGGCAGCAGUCAUAAGCUGAUUGGCGAGCCCAAGCUGGGAGGCCUGAGGAGGAACCGUACAGUUACAGAACCUUCUGUGUACUCUCCAGGUCAGGGGGAUGUGUUCAGCCCAGUGUUUUCUGAUCUGUCCAAGAGCCCAUCAGUCACCCUGGAGACCUCGUUCAUAGGGAGUAAAGGGAAUGAGCAGCAGGAUGGCAUUGGGGAGACCGAGUCACGUCUGCCACGGGUUACAGAGCGCAACAUGGCAGGCGGGGACAUACAGCGUGAGCAGACCAGUCGUGAGAGGCUAGCAGGUGAUGGACCUACCUCUGGAGGCGGGGCUCAGUUCAAGAGCCGAAGCCAAAGCUUCAACACGGACACAACGACCAGCGGCAUCAGCUCUAUGAGCUCCAGCCCAUCCAGAGAGACGGCAGCAGGCACCACAGACUCGUCUGGCAUAGACACAGACUGCGUCAGUCUCAGCACAGUGGUCAGCGCACAGACCAUCCGGACCCUACACUCACUCACCCCCCAGUCCAAUCACCUCCCCCUUUCCAAAUCCAACUCUGUACUGCUGGUCCCACCAGGUUCAUCUCACACACUGCCGCGCCGGGCGCAAUCUCUCAAAUCACCCUCGGUCACCACCAUCACCAGCCUGACGGACUGCAGCUUCAUGUACACAAGCCCCAGGGACGCACUGGGCUAUGCCACACUCAAGCGGCUUCAGCAGCAGCGUAUCCACCCAUCCCUCUCCCACAGUGAGGCACUGGCUUCCCCUGCCAAGGAUGUGCUCUUCACCGACACCAUCACUAUGAAAGCUGGCAGCCUGGACUCCAGACUCACACCGAGAAGGUUCCUGAAGGCUCUGAGCUUUGCAUCUUUGGAUAAGGAAGACCUGUUGAGCCCCAUCAGUCAGACGACACUGCAGCGCUCCUCCUCUGUACGCUCCAUGGUGUCCAGCGCCACCUAUGGCAGUUCGGAUGACUACAUUGGCCUCGCUUUACCUGUGGACAUCAACAACAUGUUCCAAAUAAAAGAGACUCCAUAUUUCCAGAAGAGGACAAGCCCACCUUCAGAGGACAGAUCUGCCAAAUUCUUCUCUGGAGAUUCUGAUGGGUCUGAUGGCUCACGGCACGGCGUGCUCAAGUCUCAGCUCAGCAUUACGGAGCUGAUGGCUGUGAGCCGAGCAGAUCAGCAGCAACUGUUGGGCUCCGAGGAGACGGGCCUGCAGGAACACACAGAGGAGAACUGCCUCUACUGCGUGGGCUGCAAAGUGCUGGGCUGCAACACACACACACCCACACAGAGUCGUUCAGACUUUGCUGAUGCUUCAUACUCAGAAUGGUGCAGUCAGCCUGUGCACAACCACCUUGAAGUCAUGCCCCACUCCAAGUUCUCCGGAGUGUCUGGGUGUAGUGACGCUGUGUCUCAGGGCUCUGCCGGGAGCACCCGUAGCACAGAGCUGGUUCUAGGAGUUAAGACCAUUCCAGAAGACGCUCCAGCCUGCAGAGUUCUGCUGAGGAAAGAGGUGCUGCGGCUGGUCAUCAACCUCAGUUCAUCAGUCGGAACCAAAGGCCAUGAGACAGGAUUGCUCACGAUCAAGGAAAAGUUUCCAUAUGCAUUUGACGACAUCUGUUUAUACUCUGAAGUUUCUCACUUGCUGGCCCACUGCAUGUUCAGACUCGUCUCUCGACGCUUUAUUCAGGAGCUGUUCCAGGACGUUCAGUUUAUUCCGCUUUACGAGGAGGCCGAGAGCAUUUUGUCAAUGCCGUCGAAAUCUGUCACUGUAAAUUCUCCACCGGAGUCCUGAUAUUGUAAAGCCUGUGCUCGCUGUUUCCCCCACAUACCCUUCUCCACCCAGACCUCCUCAUUCAUUUUCGCCUGACCUGGCUGAGACUUGAUGGAAGAUGGAGGCAAUAAGAGGCAACAUGGGAGUAUGGAGCUGGUGGAGAGAAGAGACAAAAACAAUCAAAGGCUGAAAGAGCAUCUGAAGAGGUGUUUGUAGAACAUGUCUGUGGAGAGAAAAAAGAAUCGGUACGGCGCAUUUAAGAAAAGAUCAACGGAAACAUACUGCCUGAAAAAAAAAAAGCCUGAAAUCAAGACAGAAAUGUUUAAGCUCCAGCAGUUGGAGUUACAACCAAAAUAUAGCUUUUGACUGACAGUUGUGUGUAAAAGCACUGACAGUGUGGUGACUUUAAGAAAACAAGAAGUCACUGAAAGCUGUACAAGAUGCUGAUUUUUUUUUUUUUUUUAAUUCUAUCUCAGUUCUGCACAGUCAUCAUGAAUGCAUUCGGAUAUGGACUUAAAUAACAAACGCAUGUUUGAUCUUCCCUCUGGAUCCUUCAAGUUUUGAUUUUAACACUACAAGAUUGUGGUUUGUAUCACUAACUUAAUCUUAUGUAUAUAAAGAAAUACGCAGCGAGCCUGUAAUUGAAUCAUUCAUCAAAAGAAA